AUCUGCUUCUACAGGCAGCAUCUCUCAGCUGCUUGCACUUGAUAGCUUGUUUUGCAUCUGGAUUUAUUCCUGCCGAAAGUUCUAUCUUGAGGCAGGUGAGAGGUUAGUUAGGUGUACUGCUGUCACUAAACACGGGCCCAUUUGAAAGCACUAGGGAAGCUCAGCCAUCAGUAUGUCCAAGUACAAACUGAUUAUGUUAAGACAUGGCGAGGGUGCUUGGAAUAAAGAGAAUCGUUUUUGUAGCUGGGUGGAUCAGAAACUUAACAGUGAAGGACUGGAGGAAGCUCGGAACUGUGGGAAGCAGCUCAAAGCUCUAAACUUUGAGUUUGAUCUUGUAUUCACAUCUGUCCUCAAUCGGUCCAUCCACACAGCCUGGCUAAUCCUAGAAGAACUGGGGCAGGAGUGGGUUCCUGUGGAAAGCAACUGGCGUCUAAAUGAGCGUCACUAUGGAGGCUUGAUCGGUCUCAACAGGGAGCAGAUGGCUUUGAAUCACGGUGAAGAACAAGUGAGGGUCUGGAGAAGAAGCUACAAUGUGACCCCGCCUCCCAUUGACGAGUCUCAUCCUUACUACCAUGAAAUCUACAGUGACCGGAGGUAUAAAGUGUGCGACGUACCUGUGGCUGAACUGCCACGGUCUGAAAGCUUAAAGGAUGUUCUAGAGAGACUCCUUCCUUUUUGGAAUGAGAGGAUUGCUCCUGAAGUAUUAAAGGGCAAGACCAUUCUGAUAUCUGCUCAUGGAAACAGCAGUAGGGCACUCCUGAAACAUCUGGAAGGGAUCUCAGACGAAGACAUUAUCAACAUUACCCUUCCGACUGGAGUCCCCAUUCUCCUGGAGCUGGAUGAGAACCUGCGUGCUGUUGGGCCUCAUCAGUUCCUAGGUGACCAAGAAGCUAUCCAAGCAGCCAUUAAGAAAGUGGAGGAUCAAGGAAAAGUGAAACGAGCUGAAAAAUAAAGUCUUUCCCAAGUGCUGGCUUGGAAAAGCUGCAAAAGGAGUAGCAUGCAGUGUGUUCAGGAUACUGCUCUCUCUCUCUCUCUUCAUCUCUCUCUCUCUUUUUUCCUGUUUUUUUUCCAGAGCUAGGCUGUGGGGUAGAGUGUGUAUAGGUAACUAGAUAACUUAUGUUGGCUCAGAUAAAGGCUUUAGGAUGCCCGAGUGUUUAUGUCAUAAGCCUUAUGAGUUAGCUCUCCUGCUAGCCCUGUUUGAAUUAGCCACUAAUUCAAAUUAGUAACCAGUGGGGCUUAGUCAGUGUCAUCAGUUUCUGAGAUGGGAGAGUAACAAGUGGAGGUAAAUUUUAAGGUAUAUGUCACUCAAUAAAUUAUUAUCAAGUCAUCAUUGACAGGUACCACUUAAUCUAAUAAGUGGUUCACCUUUAUAUUUACUAAGACUUUCUGGGAUAAUAGUAAAGGAUAUUAGAUAAUACACUAUACUUAAGUAUUUAUUACUAGUCUUUUCCUCUAGGAAAAGGGAUACCUCGAUAGUUAAGACCAGAGGCCCAUUAAAUGGGAAAGUCACAGAUGGGUUCAUCCAAGACAGCCAACAGCAGACAGCAGACCCUUUGCCUUGUCUCUAGUCCAGAGAUAUCCUUCGUUUGACAUUUGGUGGAAUUCCUCUUGGGCUGCUAGAAUUAGCAGCAUAUAGACAAUUAUAGCUGUUGUUCUUUUUUGUUUCAUUUUUGGUUUUUGAACUUUAAUCUUUGGGUACUUAAAACUGGUUUAAAAAUAAAAUUCUGUGGUCGAAAAUGAUAUGACCAAAGCAUCUCCAUAUGACUGAUAAGUACUAAGUAAGGGCCUCUGAAGUAGUCUUUAGCUCGUAACUUCCUGUAACACUGAAAGAGUUGCACUUCCUCCAACACAUGGACACUCCUAAUUCUCAAUAAAUUGAAGGUCGGGGUCAGGGGGAAAGUAGCGUAUAGUGGGUGUAAUUUUAUUCCCAUGAGCAGGGGAAAUGGUAUAUUGGGGCUUGUCACGUACAUUUGUUGUUCAUCAGCUGAGGGCAGAAGAUUAUAGUAUGUAGCAUAAUGUAGCUGGGGUAGGCCAUGGACAGAGUUGAUUGCUUAAUGAUACUAUUUUCCACAGUAUAUCUUUAGAUGCUGUAGGUAUGUAAGUCAUCAUUUCUUUAGGCUAUUUAUUGCCUUAUUUCAAAGCAAGUAACAUAUAUUUCAGCAAUAAAGUCAUGUAAAAAA